AAUUGGCCCAGGAAGCUGCCCAAAGAAGGAUCUUUCUCUUUUUCCACUUUGAAGUUAGAAAUGGCCCACGCACCUAGAAACAACUUCAUUGCUCCUGGUGUAGCACGCUUCAGCCGUAGCGCUGUCUAUGCUAAGAAAGGUCUCUACAAGCACGCCAAGCCCCAGGCUCAGGCUGCCGCUAAGGACAACGCCGCUGAUAAGACUGUCGAACUUAAGGGUGGACAGAAGCGUGUUGUUCCCGCUAACAAGGCUAGCCGCUUCUACCCUGCUGAGGACGUUCCCCAGCCCAAGAAGUCUCGCAAGGCUGCCAAGGCUGCCUCCGUCCGCAGCAGCAUCACUCCCGGAACUGUCCUCAUCCUCCUUGCUGGUCGUUUCCGUGGUAAGCGUGUCGUCUGCCUCAAGACUCUCGACUCCGGUCUUUUGUUGGUCACUGGUCCCUACAAGGUCAAUGGUGUCCCCAUGAAGCGUGUCAACGCUGCCUAUGUCAUUGCUACCUCCACCAAGGUUGACCUUUCCAAGGCUCAGAUUGAUGAGAAGUUCAACGAUGCUUACUUCACCAAGAAGACUGUCAGCAACAAGAAGGGUUCUGAGGAAGAGUUCUUCGAGGGUGAACAAAAGAAGGCUGUCUACCCCGAGUCCAAGGCUGCUGACCAAAAGGCUGUUGACAAGGCUAUCCUUGCUGCUGUCCAAGGUGUCCCCCACCUCCGUCACUACCUUGGUGCUUCUUUCAGCCUCAAGAAGGGUCAAUUCCCCCACCAGCUUAAGUUCUAAGUGGAGAUCAGCUCCUUGUUGCGUUUCACAAUGGGAAAGCUCAUUUCUAUUUGACAAAACUUUUUUACUACAAAAAGGAAUUGGCGGGUCAUUUUCGAAAAUAAAACCAUAAUUUCAAAUUAUCAGCUCAAAGAUGACAGGAUGUGUAUGUUGCUAUUUGAAAUGUGGUGGCCAGAU